GGCGCUGUGACCUAGCCUUAGCGCAUGCGCUGAGUAGGACUAGCUUGGUUGAGCACUAUGGCGUGGGUACCAGCGGAGUCUGCAGUGGAAGAAUUGAUGCCCCGGCUAUUGCCAGUGGAGCCCUGCGACUUGACAGAAGGUUUCGAUCCCUCGGUGCCCCCGAGGACGCCUCAGGAAUAUCUGAGGCGGGUCCAGAUCGAGGCAGCUCAAUGUCCAGAUGUUGUGGUAGCUCAAAUUGACCCAAAGAAGUUGAAAAGGAAGCAAAGUGUGAAUGUUUCUCUUUCAGGAUGUCAACCUGCUCCUGAAGGAUAUUCCCCCACACUUCAGUGGCAACAGCAACAAGUGGCACAGUUUUCAACUGUUAGACAGAGUGUGAACAGACAUAGAAAUCACUGGAAAUCACAACAGUUGGAUAGCAAUGUGAUGAUGCCAAAAUCUGAAGAUGAAGAAGGCUGGAAAAAAUUUUGUUUAGGUGAAAGAUUAUGUGCCGAAGGGGCUAUUGGACCAGUCACAAAUGAAAAUCCUGGAAUAGAUUAUGUACAAAUCGGUUUUCCUCCCUUGCUUAGUAUUGUUAGCAGAAUGAAUCAGGCGACAGUCACUAGUGUCUUAGAAUAUCUGAGUAAUUGGUUUGGAGAAAGAGACUUUACUCCAGAAUUGGGAAGAUGGCUUUAUGCUCUAUUGGCUUGUCUUGAAAAACCUUUAUUACCUGAGGCUCAUUCACUGAUUCGGCAGCUUGCAAGAAGGUGCUCUGAAGUAAGGCUCUUAGUGGACAGCAAAGAUGAUGAAAGGGUUCCUGCUUUGAAUUUGUUGAUCUGCUUGGUUAGCAGGUAUUUUGACCAACGUGAUUUAGCUGAUGAGCCAUCUUGAUGCAGCUGAUCUGAGUAGAAGAAACUUGUGAUAGGCAGCCUAAGCCCGUGGAAGUAUAGUACCAACUCAAGCAUGGAUUACAUCGUAUCUUCAAUGCUUUGUGAAGGGUUCUCGUAAUCUGUGCCAUUCAAGUUGAUAUCCAAAAGACAGGUUGUAUUGAUUUGAAUGUCUGAAGUAUCUUUUGGAAAAAUAUCAUCCAGUUUUUGAUAGUUAAAUUUUUUUGUAAUUACAUGCUUUUAAAACAAAUUAAGUGCCAUUUUUUGGUGAAACAUCCUACACAGAAACUGUAUAAUGAAAUUUUAUAGAGGUCCUUGGUGCUGUUUCAUUGUUUAUUUACAAAUAUACACAUAAAAUUUUCUUGAAAAUGUUAUUUUGGUUACUAAAAUUUUAUUUGACUCAAAUGAAAGAAAAGACAAUGGAUAAAUGUCUUUAAUAUUAAGAUGAAGAUAAUCUAUCAAUAGAUUAAAUGGAAAGUAUGUAUGUUCACAACAAAAAAUUAAACAUUUUCCCAUUAGCUUCCAUACAUUUAUUUCUAAUUCAUUAUACAAAACUUUUUGUUAACAAAUCAUUUUCAACAAUACAUUAAUAGAUCAAUUUCUAUUUUCUCAGUCAAAUCCUUUGUUCAUAUCACUUAAAAUUUUUCUAUUUUUUUAUCAGGAAUGCUUUCUACUUUAAGUAAUAGAAGAUUCAAGUAGCAAAUGUUUUUCUUUUCUUUUUUUUAAAGAUUUAUUUAUUUGUGCAUACAAGAACUGGGGUACCGGCCAGAGGUGUGGGGGUGACAGGAUUCACCAGAGACAGAGUGGGGAACAGAGCAGGCAGAUUGACUGAAAUACACUGCUGAGGGGAGCAGCGGGCGAGUUAGGAGAGGUCUGAUGUGCCAUGUGGAUAGCUCCCUGGCCGGGGAUUGAACUCAGCUGCAGUGGCUGCUGAUAGCUUCAUAGGUUGCAUCUUAACCCCUUGGGCCACCAGGGAGGCCCAAGUAGCAAAUGUUUUUCAAAUAGCAAUUUAUUAAUAGGAAAUCUAGAGAAGCUGGUUACUGAUUCUGGCUCAGUGACUCCAUGAUACCAAGGUCUCUGAGAGUCUUUUGGUCUUUCCCUCACAAUAACAAGAUAGCCAUUCCAUUUCAAGAUAGUGAGUCUGCACCCAAGACAGGAAAGCGGGGAAAGUAUGAUAGAGAGUCUUCCACAGCUGAUCCUUCUCUCAUAAAAGCAAAACCUCAGAAAUCCCACAACAGAUCCCAACAUACUUUAUUGGCCACGAGUAUGUAACAUAAUUGCCUCCAGCUCCAAAAAGUGGAGUGGGGAAAUGAAAUUGUAAACUUUUCAAGUCUUUCUAAUGGGAGGUUGAUAUAUAAAAAAGAAUUAGGAAAAAAUGAAUUUGACAACUGGUUUUUUUUUGUUGUUUUUUUUUUAAAGAUUUAUGUUUUUAUUUAUACAAGCACUGGGUAUAGUCAGAGCGCGGGAGGGUGAGAGAAUUCACCAGAGCCAGAGCGGGAAGCAGAACAGGCCGAAGGACGGAAGUACACUGCUGAGGGGAGCAGCGAGCGGCAGGAGAGGUCUGCGCGCC